CCCGCCUGGGACGUGGAGACGGGCCGGUGCUGUGGAGCCGGCGCCAGUUUGGGAUCCCUGGAGCUCGGGGGGCGGGGAAGGGAGAGGGAGGGAGGCCGUCAAAUGGAAACCGGGGGAAAUUAGUUGAGGCUGCUGAGAAGCGGGGAACCACGCCCCUCCGCCAUAGCGGCCUCCCGGUGCCGCCUCUUCCUUUACCGCCUUCCGCCCUCCCCUGCCUUCCGGCCCUAGGCCGGGCCUCCCCCUUCCUCUCCCCGACCCCCUCGCGAGUCGUCGCUGGUCCUUGGCCCCUCUGGGGAAUUGAGGCGUCCCCAUUCCCUCCUGGACUGGAAGGGGCUUCCUACUUGUCCCGGGUGGCAGCAGGCGGCCCGGUUGACCCUGCUCAGAGCGACUUCCCCAUCCCACCGAGGAUGUUUAUAUUUUUACCCAGUGGCCCCGGGUUUAGUCCCCAACAUUCCCAAAUGACCCAAAGAGAAUGGAGUUGUCAGAGCCCUCGCCGCCGCCCUCCGCAGUCAGCAGGCCCAGCAAGAGCGCGCCCCUCACCGGACAAACACGGGACAAGUUGGGAGGCAUUGGGGGGUCCAGGACGCGCAUCCCCUUUACCUCACCCAUGUGCUGGGCACACCGCGAAGUUCCAGGCGCCAAACUGAGUUGCAUUCUAAGUAUAACCUUGAGUGUGCCACUUGACCCUAGUGAGCCUCAGUUUCCACACCCAUAAAAUGGCGAUGGUAAUUACAGUGGCCUAGCAGGGUCUAAUGAGAUCUCUGAAGUUCAAACCAGGGAGAUUUUUAUUACUCAUCUCACCGGGAGCAUAUUUAUCUCACGGGAAAAUAGAGUAAAACUCAUUGCACUGUAGGUGUAGGCUGCAACUUCCCUGUGAUCGCUAAGCUAGAGUUUGACUCUGGAGACAGGAGAGGAAGAAUGGAGACCUGGCGAAGAGGUCGAGAAGCCUGAGUGAGUUAAACCUUGGUAACGGUAUCUCUGAACUCCUGGUGAGGCGAUGAUGUGGCCCCUGAACCCAUCCCAGAAAGAGGUGCUGAGGUUUGCGAUCAGCUGCCGUGUCCUGACUCUGGUGUUACAGGCUCUCUUCAAUGCCAUCAUCCCAGAUCAUCAUGCAGAAGCUUUUUCUCCUCCUCGCCUCACCACCUCAGGCCCUCUGGACCAAAUUGUGGAAUUUCUGCUGGGUGGCCUGUCUCACUGGGAUGCUGAACACUUUUUGUUCAUUGCCGAACAUGGCUACCUGUAUGAGCACAACUUUGCCUUCUUCCCUGGUUUCCCUCUGGUCCUCUUGGCGGGGACUGAACUGUUGCGACCCCUGUGGGGGUUACUGAGCCUACGGAGUUGCCUGUUGAUCUCAGUAGCAUUGCUCAAUUCCUUGUUCUCAGUUCUGGCUACAGUCGCUCUUCAUGACCUGGGUUGUUUGGUUUUGCACUGUCCUCAGCAGGCCUUUCAUGGAGCAUUGCUCUUUUGCCUCAGUCCUGCCAAUGUCUUUCUGACUGCUGGUUACUCAGAAGCUUUGUUUGCUCUCCUGACAUUCAGUGCCAUGGGGCAGCUGGAGAGGGGUCGAAGCUGGACCAGCGGGCUCCUCUUUGCUCUUGCUACUGGUGUUCGCUCCAAUGGACUGGUUAACAUUGGUUUUCUCAUGCAUUCUCAGUGCCGCAGCUUUUUCUCUUCUCUCAUGGUGCUAAAUCCUGUGAGAGAGCUCUUAAAGCUGAUGGGCUCUGUGUUCCUUUCAUUGCUCACACUUGGACUUCCUUUUGUCCUCUUUCAGUAUUAUGCCUUUACCCAGUUCUGUCUGCCAGGCUCAGCCCGCCCUAUUCCUCAGCCCUUACUACAGUUAGCUCUGGACAAGGGCUACAGAAUCACCAAUGGAAAAGAGCCGCCUUGGUGCUCCUGGGACCUUCCUCUAAUAUACAGCUACAUUCAGGAUAUCUACUGGAAUGUUGGUUUUCUAAGAUACUAUGAGCUCAAGCAGGUGCCCAACUUUUUACUGGCUACACCAGUAGCUGUGCUGGUUGCCUGGGCUACUUGGACCUUUGUGACUGCCCAUCCUUGGCUUUGCCUUACACUUGGGAUGAGAAGGAGCAAGAUCACUAAAACUCUAGAGAAGUCUUAUACUGGAUUCCUCAGUCCUGGAGUGUUUGUGUACAUCGUCCAUGCAGCAGCUCUGCUGCUAUUUGGCAGUUUGUGCAUGCAUGUUCAGGUUCUCACCAGGUUUUUGUGCUCCUCCACUCCUAUUGUAUACUGGUUUCCAGCUCACUUGCUUCAGGAUCAAGAACCACUGCUGAAAUCCCUAGAGACCAUGCCUUGGAAGUCUUUUGCCAGGGACUCCCCACCAGAACAAAAGGUCACCAGAAAUUCUAUCAUGGGACUUUUGUACAACUGGAAAACCUGUUCUCUAGUCACACGAUGCAUUCUAGGCUACUUCCUGGCUUACUGGUUCCUGGGACUACUCCUGCAUUGCAACUUUUUACCUUGGACGUGACCUGGAGUUUUAGAAGACAGGUUUGAAAUAGACUUAAUCCAGGGUCCAAAUGUACAAAUAUACAAGGAGCCUCUGUAUACCACCCUGGGACCUCUACUCAGUCCAUUAAAACCUCCCGCCACCUUUGUAGGUUAAUUAAGAGUGGGAUAAAUAUUGAGUCAAGGAGAUAACUCAGGGGUUGGGACACACACAUGCCUUGCAUGUGUAAUGUCCUGAGUUUCAUCUUCAAUACUACCCCCAGGAACCACUUAGUGUAGCCUCGGUGGUCCUCAGUACUGCUGGGCCUGAAUAGUCAUUGCCAGAUUUCCAACAUCUCAUUGUUUGGCCUGGUUGGCUGAGUGUCACCAGGGAAGGUGGGGGGGUGGUGGGCAUUAGGGUUUUUGCCCCAAACACUGGUUGGAAGGACCCUCCUUCUCAGCCAAAAAAAAAAAAAUCGAAGCACUGUGAGCCACUGGAGAACCCUGAUACUGUGGGAAAAUUCUCGAGUAGUAACUAUUUUCUAAGUGAAAAAGUAUUUUUCCAAGUCUGAAGGAUACCUGGAUCUGUUUCAUCAACUAAGCAUUGCAUAUACCACUGAGUCACGUAUAAAUUUAAAGGUAAAUUUUGUUUGUUUUUGUUUUGGGGCCACACAUGGCAGUGAUAAGAUUUUAGGCCUGGCUUACACUCAGGGAUCACUCCUGGCGGUGCUCAGGGGACCAUCUGUGGUGCCAGGAAUUGAACCCUGGUUGACCUCAUGCAGGGCAAGUACCCUAUCCUGUACUAUUCCUCCAGCCCCAGAGGUAAAUUAUUUAAAUGAAAAAUGUUUAUUUCUUCAAAGGCUAUAGGCUAACAGAUUAGUAGUAGGUGGCAGACCCCAAUCAGUGUACUGGUGUAGCUGUAGUAAAUAAAACGGAGCCAUCUUUUCUAAGUGGAACUGUUCAUCAUGAUUUUUCAAUGUGUUUUAUUUGUUUAUUACAUAUGAGGAAGCUUACAAAUAUAUGCAAAUUAAUUUUUUUUACACAUUCAAUGAAUUUCCUAUCUAAGCAUAGUCCAGCGCCAGAGAGAUAGUACAUGUGUUAAGGUAUUUGUCUUACAAUGAAACCAUUGCUGGUUCUAUCCUCUCAGUACUGUACAUGAACUUUCAGGGAUGAGUCCUGAGCACAGAGCCAGAAAUAGCCCCUAAACACCUCUGGGUGUGACCCAAAAGCCCCAAAUUAGGAACCACAGAAGUACAAGGGUAAGAUGCUUACCUUUAGGUUUCUUCCCUUAUCACCAGUGGGAGAAAAAUAAUUGUGAUGAACCAAAUAAUCUAUUAUAGUUCCCUUUGAGCUGUAAAAUAUUUUUCCUUGGGGAUCUCCCACCCCAAACAUCUGGCUUUACUCAUGGGCUACUUCUGGCAGUGCUUAGUGGACCAGAUAUAGGCCUGGAGAUUGAACUGGGAUCAGCCAUAUGAAGAGCAAGUGCCUUACCACUGCACUCUCUUUAAUCUAUAACCCACAAGAUCUUUAAGAGCUGUUUUUGUUGUUGUUUUGGGAUUGGGGUCACAUCCGGCGAUGAUCAGGGUUUAGUCCUGGCUCUGCACUCAGGAAUCACUCCUGGUAGUGCUUGGGGGACCAUAUGGGUUACCAGGGAUCGAACCCAGGCAGCCACAUGCAAGGCAAACGCCCAACCCUCUGUGCUAUCACUCUGACCCCAAGAUCUUUAAGAGCUGUUUUAUCAGAAUUAUUUCAACUGAAACACAAGGGGGUGUUCUAAUUUGUGAUUUUUGGAAGAAAUACCCUGUUUCCUACUUUCAGCAGUUUGAAGAAACUCCCCCAUGACACUCCAACAUUGAGAAAUGAAAAGUAACCUUUCCUUGGGCCAGAGAGAUAGUAAAGUGGGUAGAGCAUUUGCUUCGCAUGAGGCCAACCUGGGUUUGAUCCCCUGCAUCCCUUGUGGUCCCCCAUGCCCCUGAGCCUGCCAGGAGGGAUUAUUGAGCAGAACAAAGAUCACCCCUUAAUUAGAAAGAGAGAAAGGAAAGAAAGAAAAGAAAUGAAAAGAUGACCUUUCCUUUGACUGAAAGAAAACAAUACGCCUGGCAAAUACGUCUUUGUCUGCAUAAGUAAACCUGUUCUAGGCAGCUGAAUGGUCAAAUUGGUGACUAGUUUUCUUGCCCUUUCAGUGUCUAUGCUUGGUUGGUUGGUAGAGGAGCCAUGAGUAACAUGGUAGUAUAAGUUGAUAAAUUGUAGAUAAGCACAAGGUUGAAUGAAAGUAUAUUCUUGGCCCCUUUGGUUAUAACUUGUCACUGUAAUUGUAAAAUUGUUGACCCUGGCUGAGCUAUUUUUGUUCAUUCUUUAAGCUAGGUAAAAAGCUCUGCAUCAUUACUACCCAUCCCAUUUGAGCAAAAAAAAUCUUGUAAGCAGAAACUUAAAAAUAGAUGAGUAAUCAUAAGCAGUUUCUGGAGAGCCCAAGAAUUGGAAUUUUGACACACUCCCUCUGACCAUGACAGAAAGCUAAACUUGCCAGCUGAGGGGAAGCUCCUGGCUGAGCCCCAGCACCCUCUGUUGGAGCUUCUAGCCAGCUUGGCCAAUAAACAUUUCCCAGCCAUCAUCCCAGCUUUAGCACAGCUGAGAGAAUUUGGUCCCGAGUCAAAUGCUUCUGAAAAUGUACACACAGAUUGGGGCAGCCCUCUGCCUUCUGCCAAGACACCCAAGUGCCCUUAUUGGCAAAAGAUGAUCACCCCUGCCCUAGUGUCCUUCCAGUUGGCAGAGACUAUUCCCUCCCUCCUCACCAACAGCUGCAAACGCUGCUACUUUCUGUGCAGGAAUAGUGUAAGCCCUGUUUCACUUUUUACUGCAGAGUUAGGAGCUCGGGAUCUUUUGCUAUCAUGGAUUCUCCUUUUUGCGGGGAGAUAACCCAGACUAUUUAUUUCUCUGCUGGAAGAGGCUACUUAAUUCUCCAGGGGAAGAAGUGAUUUUCACCCUGACAACAUUUAUCUUAACCCAGAACUGGAGUAAUAGUACAGUGGGUAAGGCCACACAGCUAACCUGGUCUCAAUCCCCAGCACCCCACCUGAUCCCCCCAGCCCUGCUAAGAGAGAUCCCUGAGCAGAGAUCUAGGAGUAACCUCUAAGCAAUGCUGGGUGUGACCAAAAAAAAAAAAAAUGUUAACCCUCACAAAAGAUUCCUUCACCCCAGAAACAAGAUUUUAAAGAUCAGAAACACCCUAAAUGGGAACCCUGUCUUCUUAACUAUAAUUACUUAAUCACUUGUAUUCUGCUAAGGCAUUAUAGUUAGUGUUCAUCAUAGAACAGCUCGGUGAAUAUACCUGGUGUGACCUAUGAAAGACAUUUUUCUCUCUGACCUUGGAAGGAUCUAGUUGCUGUUCUUUAAGGAUCUAAGGAAUAGGCUGAUUUUUAUGGCCAGCAGCUGUCCUUUUACCAUCCUACUAACAGUCAUUAAUAGUCUGGGAGAGGGACAUGAAGGGCUGAAGGCAGGAAGCUUCCUGUUUACCCUGAGGUCUAACAAUACUGCAGCUGGGUUGGGCGUCUACAAUUUCAGAGAAAAGUCAUUUCCUUCUGAAACCCUGCUAAAACAAACCAGACGCUUCAUAUACCUAGAGGUAGAUGCUUUUUUGUUCUUUAAUGAUGGUGGGAGGAGAGGAAGUGUUUGACAUGUCUUUACCAGUCACCCUCCUCCCCCAGGGAGUGGGGGGAAACUUGAACAGACCCUCUUAACCUUCAUUUAAAAACUUAAUGUGUACAGGCUACAGGGGUUUUAAAUAGAUUCUUUUAGCAAUUUUUUUUGGGGGGGUGUUGGUUUUUAGCUACACCAGCUUGGGCUGUGCUCAGGGGACCUUAUGCAGUGCCAGAGAUCAAAUUAGGUCAGCUGCAUAGAAUGCCAGCACCUUACCUGUUGUGUUAUCUUUCUGGCUCCCACAGUUGUUUGUUAAUAUCUGUUUGUGGUGCUGGAAGUCAAACUCAGAAUCCCAUACAUGCCAUGCCUGCUACUGAGUUCUCUCUUCAUCUAAUUCCUAUUUUAGGGGAAUAAAGUUGACUCCCCUAUAUACCUCCUGUUCUCAAAUAACUGUCUAAUAGCAUUACUAGCAGAAAUAGAAACACUAAGAAAGAACAUGAUAAAUUCUGGGGAGUGAAGCAAAAAACUUCAAUUUCUUGCUCUGUAUAUCUGUUUCAAUUUUGUGGGAGGGCAGUUGGGCCACACCCAGUGGUGUUCAGGGUCUAAUACUGACUCUGUGCUUAGGUAUCAUUCCCAACAGUUAUGCAAGGGACCAGGAUUGAAUCUGGGAUCCAGGUUCAAUGCAAGGCAAACACCUUAACCCUGUACUAUUUCAGUCCCUUACUUGAAUUUUAUUUUACUUGCUCAAAUCCCAGUACCACGUAUGAUCCCAUGAGCACCGCAAAGCAUGGACCCUGAGCAUAAACUCAAGUGGUCCCAUAACAUAAAAAAUAAUUUAAAGCAUGCAGUUUCUUUUAUGCUUCCUAGUCUGACUGAAAUUUAAUCAUAAACAACUUUGUAACGUGUAACUGUAUUUCACAGUGAUUCAAUAACUUAGAGAAAUUAAACCUGACCACCAAAAAUAAAUAAAUAAAGCAUACAAUGAUUCAGUUCCAAGCCCACUACUAGUAUCAGCAUCCUUACACCAGUGAUCCACAGUUUCCUCCCACUUUCCAUAUGACCUCCUUAGUAAACUCAUUUUUCAGUGUGAUUAUUUUAUUUUGGGUUACAUGUUUAUAAUAGCGUUGGGUCUUAUGGCUUUGUUGUAUAAAGUUACCUACAAGUGUCCAAGGCUCCUGGACAGUGCUCGUAUUACCUAUCCUCUCUCCAUUCUCUCCCACUCAUUCCUUGGCAUUCUCAUUUCUGUUAUCUAGGGUCAAAGGUUUGCCCGAUUUUGAUACCUUCCAUUCCCUUUUAUUAUUAUUCUAUACCACAGGUGAAUUGUGAACAUGUGGUAUUUCUCCUUUCCCUUCUAACAACCUCGCCACAACACUCUCCAAUUCCAUCCAAGUUGCGAUG